AUGGAUGAUCUCUCGGGACUGAACUGGUCGUCAUCGGCCAACCAGCCGAACAACAAGCCCCCGCCCAUGAACCCCUCGGGCGCCAACUACUUUGGUUCAGUGCGGCCGACCAAUUCGACACCAUCUCCAUUCCCCUCCGGUCGCAAUACGCCGUUGUCUGCCCAGGACUCUGGACACAUUGUGGCGAAACCCCCGACUGCGAAGCCUGCCGCCGACAGCUUUAGCAACCUCCUCAGCUUCGGCGCCGGCGCUGCGGCGAAACCCACAUCGAAGCUCACUCUGCUGGAGCAGCAGCAACGGCUGGAGGCGGAGAAGAAGAAGAAAGAGGAAGAGAAGAGAAAGCAAGCGCAGGCGCAGUUUGGCGGUGGGUUCUUGGACACUCUCGGAUCGGGCUCCGUGUCGCGGACUGCGUCUCCGGGCGUCUUGUCCCCCGGAUCCUCCACCGGCAAGAAGGCCAGUGACGACGACGACCUCUUCGCCGCGUUCAACUCCGAAACGAAAGUCGACAACGCCAGCUUCUACCCCCCGCCGCCCCAGAAGAGCCCUGCGCCUGCGAGUACGCCUGGUCUGGACCUCAGCAACCCAAGCGCAUGGAGCCAGCCGCCCGGCCCCGCCGACAGUGGUGGGUUCGGGGAUGACGAUGAUCCUUUUGGUCUGAACCAGCUGAAGCCCAAGACUGCGUCUCCGGCGCCGCCUCCGCCGACCAACGACGACGACGACGACUUCCUCGGUGACCUGGCCCGCCCUGUUGAAGAGGUCAGGCGCAAACAACCUACCCCAGUGCAGCCCCCCCAGCGACCCGAGCCUGGGAAGCCGAUCGAGGCGUCCGACUCCAGCUCCGAAGACGAGGGGCCGGCCCCCAGGGGCGAGAUGGCCGAGUUCGACCGCGCUGUUGCCCAGCUUGUCGACUACGGUUUCACACCCGAGAACGCUCGACGUGGCUUGACAGAGAGCGGGGCGGGUCUGAACGUGCAAGCGGCUGCCAACUGGCUUCUGGAUGAUGCGCAUCGGCAAGCCAAGGCAAAGGCACAAGGCAAGAAUCCCGCUGCUGCGACACAGAGAAGAGGACGGGACGACGGUAGCAGUUACGACAGCGAGCGGAGAGCGGGCACGAGAUCCCCAGCAAGCGGCGAGCCGGACCUCUCAAAGACCGCGGCCGCCGUCGGCAAUAGCCUCUUCAAGACUGCCAACUCUCUAUGGAAGACGGGCAAGAAGCAAGUCCAGCAGGCAGUCGCAGACUUCAACCAGCCGGAGGGGGAUCCCAACCAGCCCAAGUGGAUGCGCUCGGCUCAGCUCGACCGGGCCCAGCCCGAGAGGAGGGCGGCAGAGGCGACGGACGAGGCUUUGAUGCUGGAGUCUGGCGGUCGGCCGCCAAGGAAGCCGGGGCAGUCGUCGCAAUCACCGCGACCAGAUGCGCCGCAGAGGACGGCAUCGCGGGACCAUCCCCAUACCGUAUCGGCCCCUUCCAGCGGCAGAGGAACUCCAGUGCCGAGGUGGCAGCAACAGAGCGGCCCAGCACUGCCAGACUCGAAGACUCGCGCAAGCAAGCUGGCGAUGACGGAUGACAGUGCCGCGUCCUAUGUAAGCCCUCACAGAAGGAAGAAGGCCACCCCCCAGCCGGAAGCGCCGCCGCCGCAGCAGGACGAGCCCGACCUACUCUUCGGUUCUUCUCAAAACCCCAUGCCGGCUCAGCGCCCUUCCCCGCCGGCUCCCAAACCGGCACCUCGCCCUGCUCGUCAAAUUCCCCCAAUCACACCAGCAGCGAUACAGCAAUCUACGAAACACCGUCUCGAGGGUACCGCCCAAUUCAAGCGGGGAGACUACGGCGCCGCCCACUUGUCCUACUCGUCCUCCCUUGCCGCCGUGCCGCCGUCACACCCGCUCGCCAUCGUCAUUCUCACGAACCGCGCGCUGACGGCCCUCAAGACCGGAGAGCCCAAGCAGGCGGUCGAGGACGCCGAUGCCGCGCUAAAUAUCAUUGGCCCAACGGGCGGCCAGGGCGAGCAGGUGACCGUCGUGGGCGACAACGGUGGUGAAGAACGCCGCGACAUGCGGGACCUGUACGGCAAGGCGCUGAGCCGCAAGGCCGAGGCGCUCGAACAGAUGGAACGCUGGGGCGACGCGCACGCCGUGUGGUCGACGUGCGUGAAGAACGGCGUGGGCGGCCCCACGGCCAUAUCCGGCCGUCAGCGCUGCCAGAACGCCCUUGCGCCGAAGCCGAAGCCGAAGCCCAGACCUGCCGUCGCCGCUUCUGCUCCUCGACCUCAGCCGGCUGCGGCGACGCCGGCGAAGAACUCAGAGGCUGUCGAGCGUCUGCGCAAGCAGAAUCAGGCGGCGGCACAGGAGGACGAUGAGAAGUUUGCGCUGGCGGAGAAGGUGGACGCGCGGAUCGCGUCCUGGCGGGACGGUAAGCGGGACAACCUGCGGGCCCUGAUCGGCAGCCUGGACCAGGUUCUCUGGGAGGGCAGCGGGUGGAAGAAGGUCGGGUUGCACGAGCUCGUGAUGGCCAACAAGGUCAAGAUCCACUACAUGAAGGCCAUUGCCAAGUGCCACCCGGACAAGCUCCCCCAAGACGCCGGUACGGAGGUGAGGCUUAUCGCGGCGACCGUCUUUGCGACGCUGAACGAGAGCUGGGACAAGUUCAAGGCGGAGAACGGGCUGUAA